CGAAUAAUAGCCCCAUUACCCUAUGUCUGUCUAACAUUACAGCAUAUGUCUACAAUGUGUUAUUUUGGUAUGAAAAUCAUACGGACGGACGCAGAAUGAAAGAUUUAGUUUGAAGCGGCAAAAAUGCGAAUUUUGAACAAGGACAUUCAAGAAAAUUUUGUUAAGAACAAGGCUUUUAACGACUAUAUUUGAUUUUAUCGCAACACAAAACACAUGUCUCUCUAUCGAGAAGUGAGAUGUUUGUAAUCUCGAAAAUCUUGUGCAAAACUAAAUACUUCAGAUAUAUGAUAAUCCGCAUGAGCGCGAUGGCCGCAAAACUCUUUAAUCUCCUCUUUCCCUUGCAACCUAAAUAUUGAUUUUUUUAGAGAGAGAAAGCUUUCAAUGAAUAUCGAUGUGUAUCACACUAGGUCUUCAUCGCAAAAUAAUAGCAGAAUAUGAACGGAAAGAUAAUCAGAGUAUAAUUAUGAGUAAAAUUAAUAAUUUGAAAUGAGACAGAGCUAAUAGUUUCCUGGACAUUGGUUCCAUUAAUUGUGUUUUCUUGUCGUUACCGGGCUAAUGACUUCGAAGUAUCAGUGAUUAAUUGGGCGGCUCAUAUUCCUUCAUAGGUACAUUUUUUGUCAUUUAAAUAUUUAUUCAUUUUUUUGUGAAAUGACAGACGAAAAGAAAAAAGGAGAAAUUUUGCAAAGCAAUAUCCGUCUCCCCAGCUGAUGUUGUUCGGAAAAAAAGAGAGGACGAAAAACUACCUAUAAAUACAAGAUCGGGGAAUGCAUUUGGCAUCUGAGUACUAGAAAUAGAUAACAAGAAAGCUACUAAACAUAACCACGAUACAGAGUAUCCUUACCGGAGGAAUCGAUGACAACACGCCAAACUAGAAAACAAGAGAUAAAAAUCAUAAGCUGCUGCAUUGUAUUAUUUGGCUGAAUUAGUCGAAGAGUAUACAGUUAUUGCAGCAAAAAUCAUCAAAUACAUGUUGAUAGGCGUGUUUGUUAUCUAUUUGUGUUUGUUUAUCUUCGAAUCCUUCCCUUGGUACAUAGUAGUGAUUGGUUUGGCAUCAAAUGUAAUCUACUUACUGCUACUGAAAGAUUUCCCAUUCAUUGAGCUUAGUUCUCCUGUAUUUAUAGCUGCAGUUGCAUCAGUGUUUGUUAACCACUACCUGGCAUUCCAAUACUUUGCUGAUGUUUGGUAUCCAUUCUCAGAGGUUCUGUCAUACUUCACUAUCUGCCUGUGGAUAGUACCUUUUGCGUUUUUUGUAUCUUUAUCGGCAAGUGAAAAUGUGCUUCCUACAUCAUCGUCUGCUACCACAGACAGUGGCUCACAAGGUGAUAAGUUUGACUAUCCAGGCAAACGAUCAAGUCGGAGACAAGGAAUCCUGGCACUUUUUGGUUUCUUAUCAAGAAAAACAGAAAGCUAUCUCCCAACAAGAACAAAGACUUACUGAUUCCAGGGACGACCCAUGUAUGAAUAAUGGCAGAAAGCAAUCUCCCAACAAGAACAAAGACUUACUGAUUCCAGGGGUGACCUAUGGUAUGAAAAAUGACAGAAAGCUAUCUCCCAACAAGAACAAAGAUUACUGAUUCCAGGGGUGACCUAUGGUAGGAAGAAUGACAGAAAGCGAUUUCCCAACAAUAACAAAGAUUACUGAUUCGAGGGGUGACCUACUGUAUGUUACUGUGUGAAGAAUGACAGAAAAUCUCCCAACAAGAAUAGAGACCUACUGUUCCUCUGCCGACCUCUGGUGUCAUUUAGUAAUAGAAUACGUGUAUGCUGGUAACCCAUUAUUUUCAAGCUGAUAUGUGAUUGUACAUAGAAAUUAAAAGAAGGCCGAAUUUUACUUCAAAGGAUAUCAGCCAAGAAAUUUGAACAUUAUUCGUGUGCCGUUCACUGAACUAGCUAACAGUAGCACAGAUGGAAAGUAGAUGAGAAAAGUUUAUUAUCGGAUGUCCUAGCAGAGCAUUAAAUGCCAUCCUAAGAAAUACCCCAGAAUUCGUAUAAGUAUGUGUACUUGUUUUCUUUGUGUGAAAUAAGGCUGACAUAGCCAUACAUCAUGAGGGUUAGUUGGCUUUUAAUAAAAAUAACCCUGGAGAUUGUGGUGAAGUACAGUUUUAAAAAGAUUGCCAGCUAUCUAUGCAUGAAUUCAAAUUAGAUUUUUCUCAUACACAGCCAGCUACAAUCAGGGAUAAAUUACUUAGGGACACGAUGGUUUUGUGCAUGUGGAACACGGGUGCGUGCAUCAUAAUAUUGGAACCUACUCUGUUCCUGUCGAUAAGCCGCCGCCCCCCCCCCCCCCCCCAUCCCCCCAUUCAAUGUUGUUCGGAAAUCAACCUUCUCUACAAUUCAAUGUAUAUUUCCACAUGCAACAUUGAGUGUGGGGGGGAAGGGGGAGGGUAGAAAUGAUAUUUUUAUGUUGAAGAAAAUUUUUGCCAUGCAACCGCAAAGAAAUUGUUCCAUCGUCCCAUUGUUUUUGUCCCGGAUUGUAGACUUGUAAAAAAAGUUAUUUCAUAGCUUUCUAUUUUUCUCCAAGACAAUGUAACAUCUUGCUUUGCUUUGAUAACCUGAAUUUCUUUUUCUUUUUUGGAAGUAAAUUUGAUAUACCCAA